AUGAGCAUCCCAAUCGUCGUGCUCGGCAUGACCGGUUCCAUAGGAGCCAGAGUCACAGCACGCCUCAAGCCAGAAUAUGACACCAUCCAAUUCAUCACCUCCAUCGCCCGCGCCAAAUCCGAAAUCUCCACUCUCCAAGCAGGCAAAUCACCACCGUCGGACACGGACAACGUCGGGUCGCACAAUUUCUCUCAACGGCCUCAGGCUGUGAUUUUCGGGCGGGCGUAUUCUGACGAGGCUGUGGAAGAACUCAGACAGCACUGUGGUGGGAGUGAGUCUGGGUUGGCGUGGGUGCUGUCGACGAAGGAGUCGAGGAAUCGUGCGGCGAAGGCGUUUCCUUAUGGUGGUGAUCAGGAUGCUUUUAAUCGGUAUGCGGAUAAGACGACGGCGGUUACGAAGAGUUUGCUGGAUCAGUUGAAGAGGGAAGGGAAGUUGGGGAAGGAUGGGGUUUAUCAUUAUGGAGAGUAG